CCUCCUCCUCGUGCCCCCGCGAGUGCGGCUUCCUCCUUUUUUUUUUUUAAGCUCCACGGCGACGAAACCUGGCGCUGCAUCGGAGGCGAGGCGAGGCCGUCGGGACUCCUGGGAGGGCAUCAGGUGGAAACCAUUAACAAUAGUCAGUCUUGGACUCUGCAUUCUGCGUCACCAAGAAACACAAAUUAACUACGUGAAGGCGUCAUCCAAGACAAACAACCAGAUUUUGGUGUCUAGAACAACGAUGGCAGCAGAACACAAAAAUGACAUUGUCCCCAAUCUCCAGGCGGAAGUUACGCCAGAGGAAGGAGCAAAGAUAGGAGUGCAGGACCCAGAAGAAUCUGAAGCAGAGAGGGUUGUGGCCAGAGGCCUUCCAGUUAUCCACUUUGGAGGUCCAAAAGAGCCGUGGGAAGGAGUUGCACCAGAAGAUUUUGAACCAGAACUGGGGGGCGAGCCAGGGGAUGGUUCUGAAGGAGAGGCAGAAACUUUCUUGAAGGCUGAACAGUCUCCUUCUUCUGACCAGGAAGAGGAACAGCUUCCUAUAUCAGGAUCCAGGCAUGAUACUCAGGCUGAUUCCUCUCCAUUUGAGGGAGCCUCCAAUGCAGAACUGGAACCUGGAAACCAAGAUGGGGGAGCCGGAAUUGUGUCUGGCAUCGAUAGAGAAACCCACCACUCUGUCGGCAGCCUUGUAACCAAAGACGAGCCGGAGUUCAUGGAAGUGGUGGAAGAGGAUGCUCCAGACGUGGGUGGGGCCACUUUGGAUAUUGAGCGCCAGUGCUUCCGACAGUUCUGCUACCAGGAUGCGGAAGGUCCCCGAGAGGUUUGUGGGAUGCUCUGGAAACUUUGCCGGCGGUGGCUGCAGCCAGAGAAGAAAUCCAAAGACCAGAUCCUGGAGCUGGUGAUUCUGGAGCAGUUCUUAACCAUCCUGCCGGAGGACAUGCAGAACUGGGUGAAAGGGGGCCGUCCGGAGAAUUGCUUCCAAGCGGUCAGCCUGGCAGAGGAUUUUUUGGUGCGGCAGCAAAGGAAAGCACCACGGGGGCGACCGGCUCUGUGGCCCUUCAGAGAGACGUCUGCUGAUUCGACCAAGAUGGCUCCCUCGGACUCCAGCGCGUGGCCGCUCUUCAGAGAGAACAAGGAGGAGGACAGUGUUGAGAUCCCUGCUCUGGCUGACGAAGAGAGGCCCUUUUGGAAGGAGAAGAAUCUGUCUGUGAAAACAAAGGGAGUCGACUGGAUCCUGCCAGUUAAAAUAGAACAGACCCUUUCCCAAAAUCCUGAUAAAGGAGGAUCGUCUGAGAAGGAGCAGAAAACUAACACCAUUAAUGAAGAAAUUGAAACCGUUCAUUUUCAUCCAGCCUCCGUGGAGAAUCCGUACACGUGCUGGGAUUGUGGGGAGAGCUUCACAGGGAUAGACGUCCUGGUGGCUCAUCAGAGUACCCACACUGGAGUGAAGCCCUUCAACUGCCCAGAAUGUGGGCAGAGCUUCACCCAGCGAUCCCUUCUGACUGCCCACGAAAAGACCCACAUCCAAGAGAAGCCCUUUUCUUGCCCCGAGUGUGGGCAGAGCUUUAGCAAGCGAGCCGGGCUUGUGUCUCACCAGAAGAUCCACACAGGAGAGAAGCCCCAUCAUUGCACAGAAUGUACACAGAGCUUCCUUCACCGGUAUGACCUCAUUCGACACUUGAGAAUCCACACGGGUGAGAAACCACACGAGUGUCCUGAUUGUGGGAAAGGCUUCCGGAGCAUGUCAGCUUUCCACGUGCACAGGCGGAUCCACACCGAAGAGAAGCCUUACCCGUGCUCAGCCUGUGGCAAGACCUUCCGCCAUCGCACGAAUCUCAUUGUGCACGAACGUAUCCACACAGGCGAGAAGCCGUAUAAGUGCGAAGACUGCAGCAAGAGUUUUGGUGACGCCUCAUCUCUUAGGAAACACCGAAGGUCCCACACGGGAGAGAAGCCGUACAUCUGUCCUGAGUGUGGGAAAAGAUUUUCUCAGAAUGCUGGCCUGGUCCAGCAUGAGAAGAUCCAUACAGGGGAGAAGCCCUUUCAGUGCGCCCUCUGUCCCAAAAGCUUCCGGGAUAAAUCGGCUAUUGUCGCACACCAGAGAACCCAUACAAAGGAGACGCCGUAUCGUUGCCCAGUGUGUGACAAAUGCUUUGGCCAUCGCUCGAAUCUCAUUAAACACGAACGAAUCCACUCUGCACCGAAAAAGUUUAAAUGUUCCUGUGUCCUACCCACUAGAGGCAACCUGGGUCUAAAAAUUAAAAUGGCGGCAGAGAAGGUCACUUCGUGUUUUGCUCUUGAGUCAGUGAAGCUAGAGAAGCAGCACCUGGUAGAGCCUGACUCUGGGAAACGUGCGGGGAAAAUGCCCAUCGCCACCAUGCCUGGGCCUAUAGAGGAAUUCCAGGAAGGAUUCGCCCCUGCCCAGGUGAAGCAGGAAGAUGAGGGAGGGCUGCAAGGAUGCUGGGAAGCCCCGUGGGAAGCAUCUCAGGCCAGUAGGUCUCCGGAGGAAGCAUCGGACUGCAGCCCUCAGCGUAGAGAGCAGCAAGUGGAGCCCAUCCAUCCCAGCGUCCUCCUGGAAAUCCCAACAAGCCCGUUGGCCAAAGACAAGGGCCACAGCAGGGCAGUCAAAGAGGAGGAUCUGGAUGCAGAGUCCCUGCGCAGGCGCUUCCGGCGGUUCCGUUAUCAGGACGCUGAGAGUCCCCGAGAUGUUUACAGCCAACUCCAAGAGCUUUGCCACCAGUGGCUGGAGCCGGAGAAACGUACGAAAGAGCAGAUCCUGGAGCUGGUGAUCCUGGAGCAAUUGCUGACGAUCCUGCCGGGAAAAAUCCAGGCGUGGGUGAGGGAAGGGAGGCCGGAGUCCUGCCCUGAAGCAGUGGCCUUGGCGGAGGAGUUCCUGCUGCUGCAGCAGCAACCCAGAGAGGAGCCGAGGUGGGAAAAGCAGGCUCUGUGGCCCUUCAGAGAGACGUCUGCUGAUUCGACCAAGAUGGCUCCCUCGGACUCCAGCGCGUGGCCGCUCUUCAGAGAGAACAAGGAGGAGCACAGCGUUGAGAUCCCUGCUCUGGGUGAAGAGGAGAGACCAUUUUGGAAGACGAAAAAUCUGCCAGUGAAAACAAAUGGAGUCAGCUGGAUCCUGCCGGUUAAAAUAGAACAGACCCUUUCCCAAAAUCCUGAUAAAGGAGAAUCUUCUAAGAAACGACAGAAAAUUGACACCAUUAGUGAAGAUAUCGAAACCAUUUGUUUUCAUCCAGCCUCCGUGGAGAAUCCGUACACGUGCUGGGAUUGUGGGGAGAGCUUCACAGGGAUAGACGUCCUGGUGGCUCAUCAGAGUACCCACACUGGAGUGAAGCCCUUCAACUGCCCAGAAUGUGGGCAGAGCUUCACCCAGCGAUCCCUUCUGACUGCCCACGAAAAGACCCACAUCCAAGAGAAGCCCUUUUCUUGCCCCGAGUGUGGGCAGAGCUUUAGCAAGCGAGCCGGGCUUGUGUCUCACCAGAAGAUCCACACAGGAGAGAAGCCCCAUCAUUGCACAGAAUGUACACAGAGCUUCCUUCACCGGUAUGACCUCAUUCGACACUUGAGAAUCCACACGGGAGAGAAACCACACGAGUGUCCUGAUUGUGGGAAAGGACUCCGAACCAUGUCAGCUUUCCAUGUUCACAGGCGGAUCCACACUGAUGAGAAGCCUUACCCCUGCUCAGCUUGUGGGAAGACCUUCCGCCAUCGUGCAAAUCUCAUUGUGCACGAACGGAUCCACACAGGCGAGAAGCCAUACAAGUGCGAAGACUGCAACAAGCGUUUUGGUGAUGCCUCAUCUCUUCGGAAGCACCAGAGGUCUCACACGGGAGAAAAACCGUAUAUCUGUUCAGAGUGUGGGAAAAGAUUUUCGCAGAAUUCUGGUCUGGUCCAGCAUGAGAAGAUCCAUACAGGGGAGAAGCCCUUUCAGUGCGCCCUCUGUCCCAAAAGCUUCCGGGAUAAAUCGGCUAUUGUCGCACACCAGAGAACCCACACAAAGGAAAGACCAUAUCGCUGCCCAGUGUGUGGCAAAUGCUUUGGCCAUCGCUCAAAUCUUAUUAAACAUGAACGAAUCCACUCUACACAAAAAAAGUUUAAAUGUUUGUAAUAUGCGAAUAAGAAACCAAAUCUCUGUCUUGCAUGAAAGACCUGUGAAAGAGAAAGCACAACAUGCUCUCUUUUCUGACUUUAACAGAAACUUGCAGUUCCCUUCUCCCUUUGGAGAAGGAAUAAUUUCUAUUUUUUUCAACAGUGAUAAUAUGAAAUUUAUUAAUAGCAUAAUUAUUAGCAGAGCUGUACGGUGCAUUGAUUAUAUGAAGAUUAAUACGGCCAAUCAUUUUCUUACGACCAUUUAUUUUUCCUCAUUUUGUUUUAUUUCUUUAGCAUUUUUAAACAAUUUUUGUUGUACAGUAUAUUAAAUGAACUGAGGGAAUGAGUACAGUAAUGUCAUUCAUGUUUGAACUCCUAUCAGUUAUUCUGUUUAAUACAAUGAUUUACAAAGGAUAACUCUGUGGUGACAUUUUAGGAUACAGAAGACACUUUUUAAAAAUUACUUUACCAAACCAUUCUGCUCCAUUUUGCUGUGGGCAGCUGUCAUCUCGUAUUGCCCAGAAUAUAAGCACAAUGUCAGCAUUUCCUUAAGAGAUGGCUGUGGGGUUUAAAAUGUAAGAUGGCAGCUUCCUGCCAUAGAAUGUGCUGAAUGGAUCAGGCCCAGCCUAUAGCACAGAUGUUGCCACCUUCCAUAAGCCUGUUUGUAGAAGGCGAUUGAUGGUAGUCACUCCACAUAAGCAUGACCUUAAUGGUGUUGGGAGAAUGAAACUAUGAAAUUGGGUGGGAAGAUUUAUACAUGGGAGGCACUGGGGACAACAUGCUGAGGACCCACUGAAGUCUGAUGUCAGACCCAUGUCCUUCACAUAAUCUCACCUUAGCAGGUAUGAUUCAGCAUUCAUCUAUACCUGUGAAGGUUACAUUACACCCCUCUGCUCACUCCUGACUGGCGAGGUGCCUCCUUAUUUGCCACUAGAUAUAAGUGGAUAUAAUUAUUAUUAUUAUUUAAAACACCAGGCACAAUCUAAAAAUUAUA